UCGUUCACCGUUGGUUAUGGCGUUUUCAAAUUCGGCGACGCACGUGUUCGUGUCGCCCCCCGCGGCACCUACAUUUGUACCGACCGAAGAGGAGUUCCGCGACCCGCUGGCGUAUCUGGAGAAGAUUCGACCGGUGGCCGAAAACUAUGGAGUCAUCAAAAUCAAGCCCCCUCCUAAUUGGCAACCGCCGUUCAUGAUCGACGUCGACGAAAAAGAGUUUGAACCACGGGUACAAAAGCUGAACGAGCUGGACGGUUUGAGCCGCGUCCGUUUAAACUUUGUCGACCGCAUCGCCAAGUUCUGGAACCUGCAGGGCAUCGUUUUGCGUAUCCCGGUCAUCGAAGGCAAGGCAUUGGACCUGCAUAGAUUGCACCAAGUUAGUCACGCAAAUUUAAAACCAUCAUUUAAUGGUGAAAGUAAAUAAUG